UGAAAUUCAAAAAUUACGUUUAACAGAUUUUGCCGUUUUCUCUGUUUUUUUUUUUUGGACUUUUCAUAUACGCGAUAAGCAAAACAAAAAAAUAAAUAAAUAAAAGCUCGCAUAGCAAAGCUGCAUGGCACUAGCUUUCCGAAACCGUUAGCGAAAGCUUUACGCUCAGUCGCUCCCGACACACGCAGCAUUAAGGGUGGAAAUUCGACAUAACGGAAAAGACGCGACCAAGUAUUCAAGCAAAAGCAAUAACAAAACAAAAUUUGUGCGAAUUAGCAACAACAACACGUCCAAGCAGCGCGACUCUCAAACGAAAAGCAUUUCGCGAUUUAUUUAAUAACAACACAAGGCCUGAAGCAGCGUCGCAUAUACCUCAUAUAUAUAGUCAUGUUGUUUAUGUGUCACCAAAUGGCCAUGAAGAAGGAGGCCCAAGAGAAACAGAAAGCGGAGCAACGGCGAAGGGCCCAAGCCGUCUCUGAUAUACCCAUCAUUUGGAUUCUGGGCGGCCCCGGCUGCGGCAAGGGCACGCAAUGCGCCAAGAUCGUGGAGAAAUACGGCUUUACCCACUUGAGCAGCGGCGAUUUGCUGAGGGAUGAGGUCGCCUCUGGCUCUGAGAAGGGGCGCGAGCUGCAGAAGAUUAUGACCAGCGGAGGUUUGGUGCCCAAUGCGGAGGUUCUGGGGCUGCUGAAUGCGGCCGUCAUCCGCGCUAAGGGCACCUCGAAGGGUUUCUUGAUCGAUGGCUAUCCACGCGAGAAGAGCCAGGGCAUUGCAUUCGAGGCACAAAUUGCGCCCGCCGACUUGGCACUCUACUUCGACUGCUCCGAGGAAACCAUGCUCAAGCGCAUCCUGGCCCGCGCAGCCGCUGCCACUGUGAAGCGCGCCGACGACAACGAGGCGACCAUCCGCUCCCGUUUGCAUACCUUCAAGUGCAACACGAGCGACAUUCUCGAGCUAUACAAUGAGAAGACACUGACGAUCAAUGCUGAGCGCGAUGUUGAAAUCAUUUUCAUGGAGGUCGUAGAGGCCAUCGACUGCAUGCUGCAAAAGAAGGAGCGAGCAGCCAAAGUAUGUUAACCCAGUAGGGCACAAGGCAACUUUUCUAGCUCAACAAUUGCACCAAUGAAAGCAAAGCACCAAAACAUAUAUGUAUAUAUACAUAUAUAGAGCUAUAUUUAUCGAUUUAUUACCUGCUUAUGCCAGGCCAAGAGCUUUAACUGCUUUCAACUAUGAUCAAGCCCAAACGAACCAAAAGCAAUUCAAAUUCUCAGUAAAUUACAGAGUUAAACGUAAAUGUAAACAGAAUAAAUGUAUAAA